CAACUCUGCUUAUUAUUCAAUCCCAUUUAGGGUAGAAGAGUGAGGAUCCCAAGCUCAAGCCCAAAACGCCCUAGUCCCUGUAAAUAAUCUGCAAUAGUCCUUGCAAUAUGCCAUCAAAGUUCUUGGUUUUAUGUUGCCUUUCUUAGAUUUCUAUAUGAUACGCCUGAGUAGCGUUUGUUUCUUACAUUAAUGCCACAGUGCAUAAAGUUCUUGUGUCCAGCUUCUAACAUAAAAAUAAUCCAAGAAUUUCAGCGAUGGAGUGAUUGGAUGUUGCACGCCAUGGAGUCUUGUGAGAGGGAAGCUAUUUCUGAGAUUCUCAGAUUGAAUGUGGGAGGUUGUUUGUAUACAGCCAGGCGAAAUUCCCUUUGUCGUUUUAAAGACUCAAUGCUUAGUGCAAUGUUUAGUGGACGAUUUCCUUUGAAGCUAGAUGAAUCAGGUGCCUGUCUGAUUGAACGAGAUGGCAAACUCUUCAAAUAUCUUUUGGAUUAUCUGCACGGGGAACUUUGCAUCCCUGAAGAAGCCAGAACUCGUGUAGCCUUACAAGAAGAGGCAGAUUACUUUGGUAUUCCCUAUCCUUACAGUUUGACUGACUAUUUGUCGAGUGAGAUGGAGAGACAUUGCUCACGAUCUAAUAUUGAAAUCAAGAAGGCAUUGACAGACAUAUGUGACUCCUAUGGUUUAAUCUGUACAAACCCAAUGGUGUGGAUCCUGCACUAUCUCAAUACUUGUGGCGCCAGUUGUGAGAGCAAGAUCCUCGGAGUAUUUGCAUCAAAGACAGAGGGGAUCGGAGCCAUUGAGAAGCAGCUGGGAGGCAGGAUGAGAAGUAGAAGCAUCUAUAAGAGGGAAGCUGGAAACAAUCUACAAUACAUAUGGAGCUAUUAUUCAGCUGGUGAGCUGAAGAAAAUGAUGGAUGCCUUUGACUCUUGGGAGGGAAGAGGUGUCAGUUAUUGGAGAGUGCCUCAGGAGUUGAUAGAAUGUUGGACUCUUGAAGGCCGACCUCUACAAGGCAGCCAAGAGAAGGUGGCACCAAUUCAGAAGCGACACAUUGAUGUCAAUGAAGCAGAAAUGGAAACUCCCAAAAAGAGCCUGAAACCCGUAGAGUUCUCAGGUCCAUCCACCAGCACCCGCAUUAAAGUGAAGAAUUCUGGAUUGGUCAAACUGUCAACACCAGUUGAUGCUUCAAAAACGGUGCCAAACACUGUGGUUCAUCUCAAAACCACACCCAUAAAGAGACUAAGCACCGGGGAGUUUGUAAACCACAGGACAGCAUCUUCCAGUGCUACAGGAUCUGCUUCUGGAUCAGGUGCCCAAACAUCUCAACCUGUUAGAUCCCAGAAUGCUAGAAGCGCCACAGAGCCCUGUUGCACUGCAGCAGUCAAACUGCCAGAAAAAAAGGUAAUAGUGAAUCGAGUGAUCAAAUUGAAAAGGAAACCACCUUCUGCAACAGUCGUAACACGAGCGGAUUCUACCAAGAGUGAAAGAGACAUGCAUGCAAUCACUUCAGAUGUACAACCAAGUACUUCAGAAAACCAACACACCUCCAAUACUGUGAAUUUAAUGGCAGACUAUCUAGAGGACGUAUGUGGAAAUAGCAGAGAAAAGGAUGAGAAUGGUUAAAUAGAUAGUAGUUUGGAGGGGAGGGGACGGGACUGUUGAAGUGGUUUGGUAGAACUGAGCAUUUUAAUCCUGUUGUUGCAUAACCUAAUUUCUCAAUAAUGUUGUCCUUAGAUCAGGAUUUCAGUAGGGUUGUUUAGGUAAAAAUGGAGAAUUUGUCCUUCCAGUGAUAGCUCAAUGGGCAUUUCCAGUGCAUAACAUUGACCAAGGAGGUCCCAGUUUUGAUCUCUGGCCUGUGCUUAAUUGACCUUCUGUUUGGGUGAUGACACUGCUGCAUUUGUAUUGACCAGCUCCAGAAUAAGGAAGGGAAAUUUUGCCAAGCCUCUUGCACCUGAUCAUUAUCCAUCAAUUUGUGUGUGUAUGUGUACAUCAGGGCUAGGCUUGGCUAUGAUUCUUUUACCUCUCACAUCUGUACUCAAGUUGUCUGCUAAUUCUCACCAUCAGGGCUAAGAAAUAAUGGCCACUUGAGCAAGAUACCAUAGAAUGACCACAGUCUCUGGAGUAAGCAAAUUCAGAAGAAUGAGGAGGGAAGAAAUUGGUAUAAUUAUUUUUCAAAUACCUAUUGUAACAACACAGUUAAUUACUCGUGUUGCAACUGAGUUUAAAUGCAAACAUGGCAGUGUACUUUUAUAUGCAUUGGAGAUCACAACUACCAAAAUAAUCUACUUUUAAUUGGUUUGCAUACUGCCUACUUGGAACUAGUUGAGUAUAUCUUAAAGUAGACAACCUUAAAGCAUUUAACAGAAUGACACUAGAUAAAUGGUCUCUACUUCUGAACAUUUGCAGCUAAAAGAUUAGUUCGAGUCCUCACUGAGGUUGAGCAAGCCAACUGUCUUUUCUGACAGACUACAGCCUUACGGUGGAAAAUGCAGCUGAAAUGGGCAACAUAAAUGAACUGUACUGAAAAGUGAGAGUGCUCCUGAUCCAUUUAAUCAAGACACCAGCAAAUAGUAAUAAUGGACUAUAUAUUACUAUAUUACUGUCCUGAAGAAUAGAGGAAAAGGCCAAUUGACAAACUACAAUUUCACAAACCCCACCCCUCUUCAGUUCCUGUUCUGGUGGAAUCAUUUUGCCAUAACUUGUACAAUGUUUUAGAUGAAAUUCUUGUGUGUGUGUGUUGGUGGGGGGGGGAAGAUGACCAACGCAUUGGACAAACAAUAUAUAGAGCAUGAAGUUUUAAGUUUAAUUGUUUGGUCAAUUUUAAGGGAUAAAGAAAUAUAAUUUUCCCUUUAAUUUUACUUGCCAUGCUCCCAUUUUUAGUUGCAAAUCUUGGCUACAUCAUCUAAUGUGGCACAGGAUGGGAAUAGAGUCUUUCUUCUCAAGUUAAGGUAGUAGUUAUACAUUACAGUUCAGGUGUGGGCUCGGCUGUAAUCUUAAAAUAGGUGGCCUGCCCGUUUUCUCAUUUGGAGAAAGAUAUGCUGGUGAGAGGCAAAAUUUGGAAUAGACUUUCUUAUUGUUAUGAUGAUUAAAAAUACAAUGAGAAUAUAUAGAGUAAAACAAUUUGGGCAUUUUUUUCAGAUGUGGAAAGAAUACUUUUAUUACCUACUGUCAGACCAAGAGCAGAAACAGCAAUUUUGUUCAACUUUUCUUUUUGUAUUUGGUGCAUCAAGGUUUCAUGCUGCAGCUCAGGUCAGGUGUAAAUUUAAGUAUGAUGCUGCAUAUGUGACGGUGUGAUUGACAGCCUGAAAAAGAGUCCAUUUACUCCAGUAUUUACUGUUGCCUAUUCAGGUUUCAGCCAUAAAUCUGUUUCUAUUCAUAACUUGAUUUUAUUGAAUGAGUAAAAUGCAUAAAUCUCAUGUAGUGACAGUAGUCAAUGUUAACAUGGACUGGGAAACAUUUUAUUUUGGAUCAAGGCCCUACACUUGAGGACUACACCUGAAACAGAACGUUGUAUGGUUAGGACAAGUGUUUUGUUAUUGCUCAGAAUCUGACAUUUUCAGUGCUUCCAGGGCUUAAUACAAAAUCUCAACUUGGGUGGAAAGUCAUAUUAAAUGCUGUAUGUAGAAGUUCGUGGGUUGCUUCACUUUGACAAAUCACUUGCCCCACUUAUAAUGGCAGAGAGUGAGAAGUUAUUCAGUACACUGGAGUUUGAGUCAGGCACGUGUUUAUUUGGAGCACGCUUUACCUUUGGUGACGUGUAGGUUUUUAAUGUAAAACUUUUAUUGGUUCCAGUUUUAUAUUUAAAAUUUAUAUGCUCCAUACCUGAAAAGUCAACUGUUUGUUUUGAAAAUAAAAUAUGAUUUUGCUUGUUUGAA